CCGGGAUGACUCAGGCUCCGCCAGCUGCCCCGGCCGCGGCUGCCGAGCGGUCGCGGGGCCGUGAGUGAGUCCGGGUGAGUCCCGGUGAAUCCCAGGCGGUCCCGGUGGAGCCCGGUGGAACCCGGGAGGGGUUGUUGCUCUGCUCCUGUGUCUCCCUCCUGACCUUUGGGGCGACUGGGGACCUGCUGCAGCCACCCAUUUUAUCCUCCCACGUGCUGCUGCAGCUGAGCCCGGCUUGGGAACGUCUCCAGUCUGGCUGCAGGUGGGGUGUCCUGUCCAGCAGCCAAGAUGUGGCCGUCACUGUCCCUCCUGUGCGUCCUGGUGGCCUUUGCCAGCGCUCGCAGCAUUCCUUACUUCCCUCCUCUCUCCGAUGACCUGGUCAACCACAUAAACAAGCUCAACACCACCUGGAAGGCAGGGCACAACUUCCACAAUGCUGACAUGAGCUAUGUGAAGAAGCUCUGUGGCACCUUCCUGGGUGGGCCCAAGCUCCCUGAGAGGGUGGAUUUUGCUGCAGACGUGGAGCUGCCCGAUAACUUCGACUCGCGGACGCAGUGGCCCAACUGCCCCACCAUCAGUGAGAUCAGAGACCAGGGCUCCUGUGGCUCCUGCUGGGCUUUUGGCGCCGUGGAAGCGAUUUCAGACCGGAUCUGUGUCCACACCAACGCCAAGGUCAGCGUGGAGGUCUCAGCUGAGGACCUGCUGUCGUGCUGUGGCUUUGAGUGUGGCAUGGGGUGCAAUGGUGGUUACCCCUCUGGUGCAUGGAGGUACUGGACAGAGAGGGGCCUCGUCUCCGGGGGUCUCUACGAUUCCCACGUGGGCUGCCGGCCCUACUCCAUCCCCCCCUGCGAGCACCACGUCAAUGGCAGCCGGCCCCCCUGCACCGGGGAGGGAGGGGGCACCCCGAGGUGCAGCCGCCACUGCGAGCCCGGAUACUCGCCCUCGUACAAGGAGGACAAGCACUAUGGCAUCACCUCCUACGGAGUCCCUCGCAGCGAGAAGGAAAUCAUGGCUGAGAUCUACAAGAACGGCCCCGUGGAAGGAGCCUUCAUUGUCUAUGAGGAUUUCCUGAUGUACAAAUCUGGUGAGCAGCAGCCCUGGGGCUGUGGGGGGGAGCCCUGUUCCCUGCUUCAUCCAUAGGGUCCCACUUUUAUG